CCCCUAUUGGCUGCCGGGGAGAGGUGGCGGGGGCGGGGCCGUAGGCGGGGCUUCGCCCCUGGAGGGGCGGGGCGAUGCCGGCGGCCGCCGUUGGGAGGGGGCUGCGCGGCUUGGCCCUGCUCGGCACCCGUGGACCGGCGCGGGGCGCGGGGGGCGCUUCCGGCAUGGACCUGGGGGCGCUGAGGAAGAGCUACCGGGGGGAUGAGGAGGCCUUUGAGGAGCAGCACCUGGCCUCCCGCGAUCCCAUCAAGCAGUUCGGGGCCUGGUUCGAGGAGGCCGCGCGGUGCCCGGACAUCGGGGAGGUCAAUGCCAUGUGCUUGGCCACCUGCACCAGGGAUGGGAAGCCCUCGGCCCGCAUGGUGCUGCUGAAGGGCUUUGGGCAGGAUGGCUUCCGCUUCUUCACCAACCACGAGAGCCGUAAGGGAAAGGAGCUGGAAUCUAAUCCCUUUGCUUCGGUCGUAUUUUACUGGGAGCCCCUCAACCGGCAGGUGCGGAUCGAUGGCUCAGUGAAGCGGCUGUCAGAGCUGGAAUCGGAGCAGUACUUCCACUCUCGCCCCAAGAGCAGCCAGAUUGGGGCUGUUGUGAGCCAGCAGAGCACCGUCAUUCCGGACAGGGAGUAUUUAAGGAGGAAGAACGCGGAGUUGGAGGAGCGGUACAAGGAGACAGCAGUGCCGAAGCCGGCAUACUGGGGGGGCUACAUCCUGCAGCCAGACGUCGUGGAGUUCUGGCAGGGCCAAACCAACCGCUUGCAUGACCGUAUCGUCUUCCGGCGCCUACGGGACAGCUCAGCCCCCCUGGGACACAUGACGCACCGGGGAGAGAGCGGCUGGGUGUUUGAGCGUUUGUCCCCGUGAGGCUACGGGGAUCUCAAGAUGUUUUAUCCUGAUCGGGAACAUUACCUUUGCCAAUCGUACCUGCGUGCCCCUCUCCAAGCCCUGGGGAAUGAGGUUGGCCUUGCUCUGCCGUUCCUAGGGAAAUUCUUGUCGAGUCCAGCCCCAAAGAUCUUCAUCUCCCUGAAGUGGGCUUCCUUUCACCAGCACGAGGGGAGCAAUAGCUCCCAGUGCAGCUGGCCGUUAAUUAAUCAUGUUAAUGAUUGUGCAGGUAUCAUGAGAGACCCCAGAAAAUCCUCUGUCAGGGAACCAUCUGUCCCCCUGUCAUGCCCUGCUGCUGGGACCAUAUCGUGUCUCACUCUUUUUAGCUAGAAUCAUGCGAUUUGCUCAUUCUGUGCAAUAACGUAUUUAAUUGUGGCUUUAAUGUCGCUGCUGCCCUGUGUUCGCGGCUGGCUGCGUGCGUUGUCACGGGCGCGUCCUGUCUCUGCAGGGCGGCGAGACCCCAGUCCUCAGCCUGGUUGUAUACUGGCGGGGCUGGCGGCAAACUGGUGCCUGUGGCCUGGGCACUGCUCUUUGUCCUCCCCUGGCUAAGUGUAUGAGCUUGGUUUAAAAAAAUAAAGCCCGAUGGGAACGGA